CUCUGCUGAUCGAUUAAUAUUCCCGCCGGUGAUCAAUCUUUGACGUUUGUUUCUUCGACCUCUGUUAUAGAGUAAUCUACGACGCUUGCAUCACCCUCCGCCCGAUUGUAUAUAACGUCGAUUGAUUUGCAGCCUGUCUCGCCGCUGGAGUCCGCUCAUACCCUCGUCCUCCCGCCUCCUGCAUCUCGAGCGCACUCGGCACACGACCUGUCUUUUUUAACGGUAUCCUCGGAAAUCGUUCUCGGACAAAGUGGCAGCCUUAUCCUAGUCAUCAGAAGCUGUUGCUUUUAAGGCUAGUCGAAGCAAGCUCCGCGAACGCGCCGCCUCACUUCCCCAGUCAGCGACAAGCUCGACCGCCAUUGCAUACAUCCGCCUAAACCCACCGAUACCUCUGGCUAAAAUACUUCCUCCAUAAUAUUUUCAAGAUGUCCAAAACAUUCACGACCGCCGAUGUGGCUAAACACACCGCCACCGCCAGCGAUGGCAUGUACAUCAUCAUUGAUGGGUCUGUGUACGACGUGACCAACUUUGUGGACGAGCACCCUGGUGGAGCAAAGAUUUUGAAACGAGUUGGCGGCAAGGAUGCUACAAAGCAAUUCUGGAAGUAUCACAAUGAAUCUGUCCUUAAGAAGUAUGGUCCCAAAUUGAAGAUCGGUUCGAUCGGCGAGAAGGCCAAGCUGUGAGGGACCAUUGUCGCGUUAGAAUUGAAGUUCCGGGGAGAACAACACCGAAGACAAGAAAGGCUCUGUUGGGGGGUUGCAGUUUCUCGAGUUGGAAUCAACCCCAUGUUGAAGACUCGCAUGUUCGAUCAUCAAUGGGGUGAAUGAGAUAAGAGCCAAGGCCCCAGUGACUUGUAGAGGAACAGGAUCAGAGUGGUCCUUAGAGCUGCGACGGUGACGGUUCAGACCUUGCAUUUUGAGGCGUGGAUAUCGUCUUAUAGAUGACUUACCUUGCAUCUAGUAGAAAAUCCGAUAGAUAUGGCGCUAUAUCCAACCUCGGCUCUGGGAUCCUGUGAUUACCGGAUAGAAAGCUGCUCUAGAC